AUGACAGAACAAAUAAAAUUUUAUAGAGAUAAACACCUUUCUUUUAUAGAAUCAUUAGAUACAAAGACUGAAGAUUAUGAAUAUUGGUUAUCAGAACAUUUAAGAAUUAAUGGUGUAUACUGGGGUUUAACGGCGCUAUGUUGUUUAAAGGCUUCUGACAAAUUCAAAAAGAAGGAUGUUAUAGAAUUUGUACUUUCAUGUUGGGAUAAAGAGAACGGGUCAUUUGCCCCAUUUAAGGGACAUGAUGCACAUUUGUUAAGUACAUUAUCAGCAGUACAAAUACUUGCUAUAUAUGAUAGCAUUUCAGUAUUGAGCCCAGAAAUGGUUGAUUCAAUUGUUAAAUUUGUCACAAGUAACCAGCUAGAAGAUGGGUCCUUUCAAGGUGAUGAAUUUGGUGAGGUUGAUACAAGAUUUACAUACAACGCAUUGAGUACAUUAUCUAUACUAGGUAAAUUAACACCCCAGGUUGUAGACCCAGCCGUUAGUUAUAUUAAAAAUUGUUAUAAUUUUGAUGGCGGGUUUGGAUUAUGUCCAGGAGCUGAAUCGCAUAGUGCACAGGCUUUUACAUGCGUUGGUGCAUUGGCCAUUGUAGGAAAGUUAGAGGAAACAUUAACUAAACAACAACUAGAUGAUUUAGGUUGGUGGUUAUGUGAAAGACAAGUGGACAACGGUGGUUUGAACGGCAGACCUAGCAAACUACCAGAUGUUUGUUAUAGUUGGUGGGUUUUAAGUACUUUGGCCAUCAUUGGAAAGCUAGAUUGGAUUAAUUUUCCAAAAUUACAUUCAUUUAUUUUGAAAAGCCAAGAUCCUCAAAAAGGUGGAAUCAGUGAUAGACCAGGAAAUGAAGUUGAUGUUUAUCAUACUUGCUUUGGCAUAGCAGGUUUAAGUCUAAUGGGGGUUGAAGAUUUGGAGCCUAUAGAUCCAGUUUAUUGUAUGCCAUUCUAUAUCACCAAGAAAUUUCUUAAAUAUAAAUAA